CGGGCUCCUCGCCGCGGGUGGGCUGGGGAGGGCGGCCGUGCGCGGCUUGCUGAAUCAAUGCCGAGAAAUACUGCCCAAAUAACCCGCUGCUGCUUUAAACACAAGCAGAAAGCGGGAGAGAACGCGGCUUUGGGAGCUCUCCCAGAAGUACGGCGGGGACGUCCUCUCUGCCAUAGCUUAUGCUAUAGAUCCCGGGUGCUAAUGUUCAUUACAGUCGCGUUAAUGUUAACAGCACGGACCAAAAGUCCCACCCGGCCCUGCAAAAAUUAGUGGCGGCCUUGCCCUAGCUCACAGGGCUGUGUUUGGGGUGGUGGCUUUCUAGGCGCGGUAUGGCAACCCGGGUUUGACUAUGGCAGCCGAGGCAUGUAGCCCCUCUGGAGAGGGCUUUUUGCCUCCAUCACCAGGCUCAGCCCUUCAUCGCUUGACUGAUUCCGAUAAGCUAAGUAGGUCCUACCCCUGGGCCAACAGGAGCAGGAAAAGUCAGCUUUCUGAACUCUGCCGGCGUAGAGCAUCUCUGUCCGGAGAGAAAUGGAGCUCUUACUGUUUGUCUUCACUGGCGGCUCAUAACAUUUGUACCAGCAAAAUUGGUAACUCUUGGGCUCAGUGGGAUUCUGCCUGUCUCUCCAGUUCCAUUGGUAGUCCUGCUUCUUGUUCCUUUUUGCAUGCCCUCAUCGUGGAGGAAUCCAGCCAACACCUUUUAACUACUGCACGCAAUCCGAACAAAGCCAUCUUCACAGUGGAUGUCAACACGACAGAGAUUCUAGUGGCCAAUGACAAAGCCUGCAAACUGCUUGGAUGCAGUAGUCAGGAACUCAUUGGUCAAAAGCUGUCCCACCUGAUAUCAAAAUCUGGUCAAGAUGUGGUGGAAGCUGUGGGUGAGGAGUACAUAGAAGCUGAUGGAUGUACAUCAGUGGUUUCAGGAACUGUGGUGGAUGUUAUAGGCCGUCUCAAAGAGAAGAUCCCUGUCUCGGUGUGGCUGAGGCGCAUGAGAAGCAAGGACAACCAGUGUUGUGUGGUUGUGCUGGAACCAGUGGAAAGACUCUCAGCUUUUGUUUCCUUCAGGGCUGACGGAGAGAUUACAUCAUGUGACCUUCUUUUUGCCCAUCUCCAUGGUUACCCAUCGUUGGAAGAAGUAAUUGGGCUCAACAUAAAGGACCUGAUUCCUUCUGUGCAGAUCCCUCCUCUAGACAAAAAAAUCCCAAAGAACCUCAGGAUCCAGAGAUCUGUAGGUCGAUCCAGAGAAGGUAACACGUUUCCUCUCAGUUUAAAGCUGCAAGCUAGUCUUCCGGAAGAGGACAAAGCUGCAGUGCAGAAAGAUGGCAUUCCACAGACAGAAAAAGAAGGCUCUUUCACAGACUAUCAUUACUCUGCUACAGUCAGGGUUUUUUCUACCAUCAGUGGCAUUAUUACUCUCCAGCCAGAUGGAACCAUCCAUGGCAUCAAGGACAGCUUUGCUUUAACACUGUUUGGCUAUGAGAAGAAAGAACUGUUGGGAAAGAACAUUACAUUCCUGAUCCCUGGUUUCUAUAACAACAUGGACAGAAGCAAUGACCGCUCCUUGCCACUACCUCCCCUUGACGACUCCAUGGGAACAGAAAGCGCAGGUGUCUUUGGGGGUGUUACUGCCUGCUGUACGACUGACUCUGGCUGCUGUAACAAAGGAAACAGCCAUUUGGCCUCAUCUUCAACAAGCCUUCUGUCAAGAGAUGAAGAGCAGAAAUUAGAAAGAAGACACAGAGAAGACAAGAUAAUAAGUACUGAGACCAAGCAAAAGAGUGGGAACAAUUUCUUACCUACUCCUUCCUCUCCUGAAGUCUCAUCCACAGCUACUAGUAGCGAGAACAGCGUUGUUGCUGGUGGUUUGUCAGCCCACCAUAGUGAGAUGUCCCCUGAAAGCUGGCCUGACACAGUCAGAGCAGCGGAACAAUGCAGAACGGUGGAAACUGCAGGAUCAGAUAAUUCUCUAAAGAUGCUUUCUCCAAGGGUCUUUCCUAUGUCAUCUGAUUCAGGACAGUUGGAUUUAGGUCAGAACAGAGAGGUGCCAAUAAGAAGCAGUGAUAGUCCACUAUCUGGUGCAUUUGUGACCCUUCAAGGGAAUGCCAGUGAGACUAGUAGCUCACCUAACCAACUACAAGUUGAUCAUCAAGUCCUCAACGAAGCAGAUUGUCAGGAGAUCUCUAGGUUACCUUCUCAACUGCUGAAACAUCAGCACUUCACUGAUACUUCAGGAAAAGGUUCUUCAGCAAACGUUGCCUGGUCUCCUGCUUGUUCUAGGCUAGAAGAUGUGUUAGAUACUCCAUCCAAUAGUUUGGUCAAACCUUCUUCAGGUGUUACCUGUAUCUCAUUUGGAACACCAACAAUAGAUGAACCAUGGUCUGGGGCAGCACCUGACUGCAUUCAAGACUUUCAGAGCCACGUGGUUACAGAGCAGCUGUCAAAAACAAAGUUUACGUGUGAUGCAAAGCAUUCCAGUCCUGAGCACAUUGUAGUUGAAAGCUGUGUGCUAAAUGAUGUUUCAUCUUUCCUCACAAAUGAAAGAAAUAGUAUCCAUGUUGUUCGUUCAGGAAAUACAACAGCUUGCAGUGCUUCUGCACUGGGAGUUGCCGCAACCUUUGAAGAUGUUAAAGAAUCAGGCACUGAGCUGAACUGCAUUUGCUAUGGCCUUGAGGAACUGCAUCUGAAUAUUGGUGUAAAGGAAAACUCAGCCAAUUGUUCAGGCGCUGCUACAGCUCUUGUAGGAGUGUCCUCCUCUAAUGCAGUGGACUCUGCUGUAGGCGAUACGCUAGUUCAAGACAGUGCUUUUUCAGCUGGGCAGGAAAAGCAGCUAUUGAACAGUGCUGCUAUAGAAGAUGGUUCUGGGUGGCUGGCCUCCAGAAGGCAUUUGGGAAACUCUGAAGAAUCCUCCAAAGCAUUUCUUGAGAAGCCUGAAACUCUUGCAGCGACUGCAGUGGACAACCUGAACAAAAAUCCACCAAACAGUCAAGGUAACCCUGAAGAAGACUGUCAGUUGCAUAUGAAGCAAAAUGUGCAGGUACAAGUAACAUCUACCCCUGUGAAACAAGAAGGAAGGCUGAAUCCUUUGAGCUCGGAGAUACUGGAAGGCAGCUAUCUUGGGAACUGCUAUCACAGAGAUGGUUCUCAAUUAAGUAUACUCUUUGAAGUGAAACGUGUAGAACUGCAGGACCCUGCUGUACUCUUCUGUGUCUGGGUGGUGAAAGACUUUCUACAGAGCCAGAAAGAAGCAGCAGCAAAGACUCAGCUUUUGUUCUCCAGUCUAGCAAGCUCUGCCCAAUCUAUAGCAGAUCUUUCCGCACACAGUCUGGGAGAAGCCAUCAGAUCAACUUCACUUUUAGAGAACUCCCGAAGAGCUGAAGAGCUUGAAAGACUAAAGGCUUGUGAGGGAGAAUAUGCAAGAAAAUAUGACACACUCAGUCUUAUCGGCAAAGGAUCUUUUGGCUUUGUCUGGACUGCCAGGUGCAAGAAAGAUCAACAGGAGGUUGUGGUGAAGUUCAUCUGGAAGGAGAGAGUGUUUGAGGACUGCUGGGUAGAUGAUCCUGAUCUAGGGAGAGUUACUCAAGAGAUUGCAAUCCUGUCGAAGGUGCAGCACCCCAGCAUCAUUAAGGUACUGGAUGUAUUUGAAAAUGAACAGUUCUUCCAGCUGGUGAUGGAGAAGCAUGGAUCUGGUCUGGAUCUCUUUACAUUCAUUGAUAAUCAGCCUGACUUGGAUGAACCAUUAGCAAGCUAUCUGUUCAGACAGCUUGUAUCAGCUGUGGGGUAUCUCCACUGUAGAAACAUCCUUCACAGAGAUAUCAAGGAUGAAAACAUUGUCAUUGCUGAAGACUUCACAAUUAAGUUGGUGGACUUUGGUUCAGCUGCCUACCUGGAACCUGGCAAAUUGUUUUAUACCUUCUGUGGGACAAUUGAAUACUGCUCACCGGAAGUGCUAUCUGGCAAACCGUACCAAGGACCCGAGCUGGAGAUGUGGUCACUUGGUGUCACCCUUUAUACCCUAAUAUUUGGAGAGAAUCCCUUCUGUGAACUGGAGGAGGCCAUGGCAGCUGUCCUGAAUCCGCCUCGGGUUGUGUCAGAAGGUCUCAUGAGCCUGAUUGCUGGGCUUUUGCAUCCCGUUCCAGAGCAACGCACAACUCUCCACAAGUUAGUGGAGGAUCCUUGGCUGAAGCAGCCUGUGAACCUGGGUAAUUAUACUUGGGAAGAAGUAUACAUCUCUGCUGAGGCAGAAAGCAGUGGAUUCAGAAAUGGUUCUGGUGAGUGCACUCGCAGAGACAGCCACCCCCUCCCGGCUCGUGUGGAGGGUGAGCCACGCGUGAACAACUCCGACCGUGAGCAUACAGAUCCCCGCCUGCGAGGAGCAGCCGCUGCUUCGGAGUGCUGGGGCUCAGGUCUUGGGCAUCGCUGCAGUCUUUCUCUGCAGUAGAAGCCCCUUCCUGUGGAACGACAGCUCGCUUACCAUAGCACACAUACUGUCGCUCAAGAACAAACAGAAAAUAAUUUUAAGCACUUCUCUUUUGUAGAGAAUGGGAGAUUUUGAGAAGUACUGAGUGCAGGAACACUGUAAGAGAGGCUUGUGAUUUGAACCAUUUUCUACAGUCUCGUGGGACAACCUUUGAAAUCAAGCUGAUUUUUUUUCUAGACUGUGGUAUGCAGAAGCAGUUGAUCUUAGCCCAAUCGUUUCUGUUCUUCCCCAGAAAAGAUAAUUAGAUGUGCACAAAGCAUACUUGCUGUUAAUCCUCAUAAAGAAAUUGGCAAAUGCAGUCUUGAAUGCUAAUUGCAUGCGUUAUUUUGACUGUAGCAAAAGACCCAGGGAACUGAGGAUUCAGUAGCAAGUUCUGACCAUCUUUAUCUUUUAUUAAACUAGUCUUCUGAUGUCCAUCACAGUCCAGGAUCUGGCCUGGUUCCUUUUGCUUCCCUGAGGAGCCCCUCAGCGCUCCGAGGGAACAGAGACAUCCUGAAGGGAUCAUUUCAGUGCACUUGUUCAGUCAGCGGGAAGUUGGUUGUCGAGCCCCAAGCAGCGAUGGGGUUGUUGGAGAACAGUGUUUCUUGUCCUGGGCAAAUUACUAAUGCUGCUAGUGCUGUAAAUUUGGAGAGGUCAAGGUACACGCUGGUAUUUGCAUGCAAGCAAGGAGGGAGCAGGAAAUCUCCACUGACGUCUCUGAUGUUCUGCACCUAGUGUUAGGCAGGGCAGUCUUGAACUGCUAUGCUUUUACAUGAUUCCUUAAGAAAAGCUUCUGGCUAAUAUAUAUUUAUAUAGGAUGUGUUUUAAAGCUCUAAGCGAAGGAUUUUAAUGCCUUGUUUCCAAUCGUUCAGAAUUCAGAUUAUAUUUUUAAUGGCAGUUUUUACUUUUAUACAUACUGUUUCCCUCUUUCCUCCAAGUGAAUGAAUAAACAUCUUAGUCUUGUUUGUUGCCUGCCA